GUGGACUCUCAAGGAACAUCGCGCGAGCGUUCCAUAUCAGUCGGUUAACACAUGUAAAUUAAAUCACUCUUGCGGUUUGCUCCGAUCUGCUUCAGUUAUUCUCGCGGAAAGGGCUUUGUUCGUUGAGUACAUCAAUGCAUUAUACGCCUCUCUCGAAACUCGUAGGAUAAUCUGCGGCGACUUAGCGAAUUUUCAGUCUACAAUUGUCGACGACAGGUAAGCCCGUAAUGUUGUACUACAAGUGUCGUUUCUUUGCGCCACCGAAAACCGUUUUGUCUCAAGAAUUGAGACUGCGCCGUUAAUUGAUUUUCUUUUCCGAGGAUUUUAAUACGCCUUUGUUCUGCUCUGAAAGGAAUACAAACUGAGGUAUAUUAUGCGAUAAUUCAAGUUUAGAAAAGUGAGAUUAACUGUUGCCUGAUCGAUAUAUGCUCUCUCUCUCUCUCAACAGAAUCGCGGCUUGAAUGAAUGGUUCGAGACUCCGAUGAACUUUCAAGAUCUUUACUAUGAGUGCAGUAUUUCAUCAAGCGGUGCUCGAUGGCGACACGACAAAAGUAAAGUUUAUAUUGAAAUAUGGGCAAGGAAUACGGGUGAAUCAGCCGAAUAAAUAUGGAUUAACCGCAUUGCAGCAAGCUUGUAGAGAUGGAAAUUUAGCUUUAGCAAAUUUUCUCUUAGAGCGAGGGGCGGAUUUGAGUUUUGUGGAUUCAGAAGGCCGCACGGCGCUACAUCUCGCCUCAGAACAAGGCCAUUUGGACAUUGUUAGCUUGUUAGUGAAUUCAGCUUGCGCCGAUGUAAAUGCAAGAAACGGAAAUGGGCAAAAAGCGGUCGAUGUUGCGAAAAGCGAUCAAGUGCGAGCCCUACUUUCGCAAGCGAUACUGUCCGAAAGUUUCAAGCAGAAAUGUUCAGUCACCUAUGGCUUAGACGAGGGUGCAGGUUACAACUUUAAAAAUGUACCAGGCUGGAGGUAUUCUAUUUCGAGCACGUCCACAGACUCUGGUGUGUCUGAGGAUUCUAGUUACAGCCACGAUAGUGGUAACGAUUCCAGAUACUCCAGUAGACAUUACCCUGCUGUAAGCUGUAAUUACAGCAAUACGGAGCAAACUGAUCAUUACGCUUCUGUUGAAUGUUCACCGCGCUAUUACCGUGACCAGAGAUUUGAUAAAGAAGAGUUGAUUUACGCCCGGCGAGUCGAGGAACCCGCUAAUCACGCUAUGCUGACAAAAAGUCACUCAUUCAACGGCGGCCGACACGAGUAUGUUGUGAAAUCAGGUAACGCGAGAAGAAAAGAAGGAAAGCAGAGCAGGGUGUUUUGUGGCGAUGAAUCACCAGCGCAGUAUCGAAGGCAACAUAAACUUCGUAAAGACCCGACAAGGCGAAAAACGGUUACUUUUGGCGAAAGCGAAUCGUACACCAUCGCCCCUCGUGAAGAACAACGGUAUCUGAAGAGCUGUUCUCUCACACGGCCGCCAAUUUCAAGUAGUAAUCGGCAGCCUUUGCCCGAAUCUUGGCGACACGCCACAACUACUGAGGCGAAAGCUUACAGUAGUCGCUCGAUCUAUCGAGAAGGCAGGGUAACUAACGACCUCGAAAAACAUCAAUCCGAGGACAAAAUUGAAAAUCCUCGCAAAGAGGGAAAAUUCAAAAAGCACAUUCUACCUGGCUUCUUAGAAAAAUACGUUCAUUAGACAUCCACACAUGUUGUUCGAAAUGCAUAAAUUAUGCACGAAGCGUCCACAAGUUCUAAUUUAUCAGCUUUGAUAUUUUGCUCGGAAAAUGAUCUUUUUUGCCAAAGGAAAACCGUUGUACAUAGUUGAUCUCGAAGAUAUAUAGUAUAUUGUACAAUAAUCUGAGGAAACUAUAUAUAUAUAUUAUUAUACUCGACAUGAUCAUAAUUCAUUGAAUUUUGAUAUUUUAAAUUUCGUAGUUUGGAAUUUAAAUCCUCGAUGAUACAUAUCUAUUUAUAUGAGUGAUGUAAACAUUAUGUAUCCAGCCGUACAUUUAUUUAAUAAUUUUCAACUUUUAAUUAUUCCAGUAGGUUUAUCGUCGAUUUUCAUUUAUUGAAUCGUUUUUUUUCCUUCCAUUUUUUGGGCUAUUUAUGAAAUUUAUCUAAUAUUCCUCAUUCGUACCUUGUUGUAUAUCUUUGAGGUGUUAACGUAACUUUUAAUUUCAUUCAAUAACAAUACUUUUAGAAUCCUACUUUAGUAUAAGUUGUAUUUUUAUUUUAGAAUCAAUGGCGUUUCGACUUGUUUCUGUCGCAAAAAUAAAUGCAUAACCGUGAUAUUCAAGGUUUUGCACAUGAAUGAAUGAUUUAUUUUGAUGCGUAUUACGGUACUCUGCUGUUUUGGCUACCAAACCACAACUAAUAGAACUAUCAGUCGAUUUGGAGUCGCUCCAGAGAAAUUUCUAGUAUAAUUUUGUUUCCCUUUUGAUGUCAUUUCUAGAUUUUUUGUUCCUGUUUUGCUUUUAAGCGCUCUUUUUUUUUAAAAGUUAUCAGUGAAAGAGUUGAAAUUUGUCAUAGAAAUACUCAACUCUUUUCGUUAGAGCCACACCAUGUCGUUCUAAUCUUAAUAGCUAACUACUAGUCUGGUUACAAUUGCGCUAGAAAGUAAAAACCGGCCUUCGUUUUCAUGCAACUAAACUGAUUUUUAACUUGUAAACCAACUAUCUUUGAGUCAUUUUCUUAAAUCAAGUUAGUGAACCUUGGGAUUGUGCAUUUUAGUCUUACUUUGUGGCAAGUUUUUCUCGUUUCGAUAAACUUGAGUUCAAAAGAGUGACCGCGUUCAUGCAUGGCCAAAUUUUCUCACGAGUCCAAAGUUUCAAGGGUGUUUACUUCGCUUCGUUUCC